GGGAGGACCCCUCUUGCCCUCGGACAAACCAGGAAGGGAGUCGCGAGCAUCAUACGGGGCUUUGCGUACAGUACGGCUACUGUAGGGCAGUGACGCCGCCGCCCGCCCGAGCGAGGUCCGCGCCGCGGGCAGCCCCGAUCGCGCGUCCUCCGGGCCCGGGUCCCCGCGAGGUAAGCCGCCCGGGCUGAAGGGGACCCCUCUCCGCGAGAGGUGUCGGCGCGGAAGAUGGCUGGCGGCGUGGACGGCCCCAUCGGGAUCCCGUUCCCGGACCACAGCAGCGACAUCCUGAGCGGCCUGAACGAGCAGCGGACGCAGGGGCUGCUGUGCGACGUGGUGAUCCUGGUGGAGGGCCGCGAGUUCCCCACGCACCGCUCGGUGCUGGCCGCCUGCAGCCAGUACUUCAAGAAGCUGUUCACGUCGGGCGCCGUGGUGGACCAGCAGAACGUGUAUGAGAUCGACUUCGUGAGCGCCGAGGCGCUGACGGCGCUCAUGGACUUCGCCUACACCGCCACGCUCACGGUCAGCACGGCCAACGUGGGCGACAUCCUGAGCGCCGCCCGGCUGCUGGAGAUCCCGGCCGUGAGCCACGUGUGCGCAGACCUGCUGGAGCGCCAGAUCCUGGCGGCCGAUGACGCGGGCGACGCCGGCCAGCCCGACGGCGCGGGCCCCACGGACCAGCGCAACCUGCUGCGCGCCAAGGAGUACCUGGAGUUCUUCCGCAGCAACCCCAUGAACAGCCUGCCCGCCGCCGCCUUCCCGUGGUCCGGCUUCGGGGCCCCCGAGGACGACCUGGACGCCACCAAGGACGCCGUGGCCGCCGCCGUGGCCGCCGUGGCCGCCGGGGACUGCAACGGCUUGGACUUCUACGGCCCGGGGCCCCCGGCCGAGCGGCCCCCCGCGGGUGACGGGGACGAGGGUGACAGCACCCCGGGGCUGUGGCCCGAGCGGGAUGAGGAUGCCCCCGCUGGGGGGCUCUUCCCGCCGCCCGCCGCCCCGCCGGCCACCACGCAGAACGGGCACUACGGCCGCGCGGGGGCCGCAGAGGAGGAGGCGGCGUCCCUGUCCGAGGCGGCCCCUGAGCCCGGCGACUCCCCGGGCUUCCUGUCGGGCGCAGCCGAGGGCGAGGACGGGGACACCGCCGACGUGGACGGGCUGGCGGCCAGCACGCUGCUGCAGCAGAUGAUGUCGUCGGUGGGCCGGGCGGGCGACAGCGACGAGGAGUCGCGCGCCGACGACAAGGGUGUCAUGGACUACUACCUGAAGUACUUCAGCGGCGCCCACGAGGGCGACGUGUACCCGGCCUGGUCGCAGAAGGGCGAGAAGAAGAUCCGGGCCAAGGCCUUCCAGAAGUGUCCCAUCUGCGAGAAGGUGAUCCAGGGCGCAGGCAAGCUGCCCCGCCACAUCCGCACGCAUACGGGCGAGAAACCCUACGAGUGCAACAUCUGCAAGGUUCGGUUUACCAGGCAGGACAAACUGAAGGUUCACAUGCGGAAGCACACGGGCGAGAAGCCAUACCUGUGCCAGCAGUGCGGCGCGGCCUUCGCGCACAACUACGACCUGAAGAACCACAUGCGGGUGCACACGGGGCUGCGGCCCUACCAGUGUGACAGCUGCUGCAAGACCUUCGUGCGCUCCGACCACCUGCACAGACAUCUCAAGAAGGACGGCUGCAACGGGGUCCCCUCGCGCCGCGGCCGCAAGCCCCGCGUGCGGGGCGUGCCCCCCGAUGUCCCCGCCGGGGGCCCCGCGCCCCCCGGGCUCCCCGACACCCCGCGCAACGGCCAGGAGAAGCACUUUAAGGACGAGGACGAGGACGAGGCCGAGGCCAGCCCCGACGGCUCGGGCCGUCUGAAUGUAGUGGGCGGCGGCGUUGGCGACGACGGCACGGGUGGCCCCGCGGUGGCCGCCCCCGAGGGUAACUUUGCAACCUGACUCUAUUCAGAACAGAACAACACAAACCAAAAAGACAAAACAAAACAAACUAAGAGAGAGAAGAGACACCACACCCACCCCAGCACCACAGCUGUCUGUCCAGACUCCCUCCAUCCAUCCACGCGCGGACCUGUGUGCGUGUAUAUAUCCAUGGCCGUUGCGGGCGCGCCUGCCUUUCUCAGAUUCUUAGGACGUGGCCCCACCCGCUCCCGUGCCCCUCACCCCGUCCGCGUGGGGUCCCACCCGGGGCCCCCCUGCCUGCUCCUGGCUAAGGUGAGGGUGAUGGGGACCCCAGGACAGGCGCCCGGCUCCUUGCUGGUUGGUUUUAGGGGUCUCAGACAGACCUUAAAUGCUGUGUCCACUGUGAGUGGACGUUAAAAUGGUCCCCGGCUCCCCACCCUCCUUCCUCAGGGCACUUACUAAAGGGGGGUGUCCCCCCGGCCUCCCUGCUCCCGUCCUGCCUGUGGCCUCACACCUCUGCACACCCCACCCUGGCCACCACUGACAUACAAGUCUAUUUAUUCCCAAGCCUGGGUGGCCAGAGCUGGGAUUUGGGGGGCCGCCGGGUCCCGCCAUCCUUUCACGGCACUUAACACCUGGCGGGGUCCUCAG